AUGGUCCCGCCGCCGCCUCGGGCUAAGAACACAGUCCGUGGUUUUCAUGGGACUCCCGUGAUGUCCACCGACGAGGAUUCUGACUGCUUCACACAGUCGCGGUCUUCGGAGAAGAACGCGCUCAAGCUUUCGAAAAAGAGACGUCAGCAUGUGUUCCAGGAUGUUGUCAAUGUUGUCAAUGCGAGCUGCAGUCCGGUUUUCAAGCCGCAAGUGGCCAACGGAGGAAGCAUUGGCGCGAUCAGCCAGCUCCGGAUGCGAAUGGAAACCUUAAGUCUGCAGACUCCGACCACUUCUACCGCUACAUCAUCUCGCUGCAGUUCACUCACACAGAGCGAGUGUCUCGCCUCCCCCGCAAGCAGCAAUACUACGAUCAGUAGCGGCAAGCGGAGCACUGAGAACCUCGCGGACAGUGGCUACAAGAGCCGCAGCAACAGCAGCACGCCAGCCAGCGACGACGAGACAGCAUCUCAGGGGAGCCCAAGCUACGAGAUCAAGCUCGAAAACGACUUUGUGAGUCGCAGUGAACAGCCCUAUAACGAGGCUUUCCGAGGCACUUUUGAGGACGCCUCGUCGUCCUGUCGUAAGAUGACAGCCGAAGACUUUGAGCCUCUUCGGUGCCUCGGCAAAGGAGCCUACGGAACUGUCCUUCUGGUCAAGCAACGCUCAACUGGUCGUCUGUUUGCCCAAAAGCAGCUAAAGAAGGCUUCUCUAUUCGUCUCCAACAAGCUGAUUGAACAGACGAAAACGGAGCGUCAAAUCCUGGAGAGCAUUAACAGCCACCCCUUCGUUGUUAAGCUGUACUAUGCCUUCCAAGAUCACGAGAAAUUGUACCUGAUCCUGGAGUAUGGACAGGGCGGCGAGCUGUUUACUCAUCUCAAAACUGAAAAGCUGUUCACUGAGCAGACGGCUGCGUUCUAUAUGGCCGAGAUGAUAAUUGCCCUCACUCACUUGCACGAUGAGCUGGGCGUUGUUUACCGCGAUCUCAAACCGGAGAACUGUCUGCUUGAUGCCGAGGGGCACCUGCUCCUGACUGACUUCGGGCUCUCCAAGGUCGCUGUCGACUCAGACGGAUGUGACUCAAUUCUGGGUACCAUCGAAUACAUGGCCCCUGAGGUAAUCCUCGGCAAAAAGUAUGGAAAGGCAGUAGACUGGUGGUCUCUUGGUGCGCUGGGCUACGAUCUGAUGACUGGUAGCCCGCCGUUCCGCGGGCCUAACAAGGCUCGAAUCGAGCACAACAUUGUGCAUCAAAAGCUAAGCCUUCCCUAUUUCCUCAGCCCUGACGCCAAGGACUUGCUCACGCGCCUGCUGCGGAAGGAUCCCACCAAGCGCUUGGGUUACAACAUGCCGCGCGAUCUCGAGACCAUCAAAAAGCAUCGCUUCUUCCGCCGCAUCGACUGGGAUAAGUUAUCCCGUCGCGAACUUACCCCACCCAUCCAGCCGGUCAUCACUGACCCCGAGCUGGCCGAGAACUUUGACCCGGAGUUUACGGAGAUGCCACUGAGCCCGGUUGUGUCCCGUCGAGGGGAUUUCGAAGAUGCCACCCACUAUGGCAGUCCAGCGGAUGCUCAUACUGCCAAUGAUCCCUUCCGCGGGUUCAGCUUCGUGGCUCCUAGUACACUGCUGGAGACCUUCAAGUCUUGA